GUCCCCUCCCCGGCAUUCACCUUUCUCUUGAUCUUCGAAGACACACUCACUCUGCUAAGACUCGGAGAGCAUACACCGCCAACAUGUCCGGCCCGCUCGCACCGCAAUACGUCAACUUCGUCUACAUCCCCUCCGCCAUCCUCUUCGCCGGAGCGGCGCUGCUGAAGCCCGCAUUGCUCCCCGUGGCCUUCACUCUUGCACUUGCUCUGGGCAGUUACCAAUUCCUGCAGAACGGCUCCAAAACCGUCGCCGUCCUCAACCCCAAUGCCUUUCAAGAAUUCCCCAUCGAGAAGAAGACCGUCACCUCGCACAACACCGCCAUCUACCGCUUCAAACUGCCCAGCGAGAACAGCAUCCUCGGCCUGCCCAUCGGCCAGCACAUCUCCCUCGCCGCCGACCUCGACGUCAAAGAUGAGAAGAGCGGCGAGACGAAGCGGCAGCAGGUCGUGCGCUCCUACACGCCCAUCAGCAGCGAUGUCCACCCGGGCUACUUUGACCUGAUGAUCAAGGCGUACCCCACAGGCAACAUCAGUCGGCACCUCACCACGCUCAAGGUCGGGGAUACGAUGAAGGUGCGGGGGCCGAAGGGGGCGAUGGUGUACACGCCGAAUAUGGUGCGCAAGUUUGGGAUGAUUGCUGGCGGCACGGGGAUUACGCCCAUGUUGCAGAUCAUUCGCGCCAUUCAGCGGGGCAGGAGUAGUGGGGACAAGACGGAAGUGACGCUGAUUUUCGCCAAUGUGGACGAGAAGGAUAUCCUGCUGCGCGAAGAGAUUGAAGAUGUGGCGAGGGAGGACAAGUUGUUCAAGGUGUACUAUGUGCUCAACAAUCCGCCGGAGAAGUGGAAUGGGGGUGUUGGGUUUGUGACGCAGGAGAUGAUCAAGGAGCAUCUCCCCGCGCCCGCCUCGGAUAUCAAGAUCCUCAUCUGCGGCCCUCCGCCGAUGGUGAGCGCGGUCAAGAAGGCUACGGAAGCGCUGGGUUACGACAAGGCGAGGCCCGUGAGCAAGCUUGACGAUCAGGUCUUUGCCUUCUAGUGCAUAUGUUGAGCGGGCUGGGUUCGAAGCGUGAGGGAUUGGUCAAUGCUGUUCUGGUCAUGCUCACAAGACUGCAUCCUUUGUGACCGACAGCGCAGGCGUUACCCGAUCGAUGUGAAUAGCACUUCAAUGAAUUCCUCCUUAUGACCAAGCCCUCAUCGCAGCAGGUGGGGCGCGGCGGCUGAACCUCCCGUCAGCGAUCCGCCAAGGCUUGGUCAGAAACGCCGGGCUAUUUAAUAAUUAUGCUGACGUCUCGUGUUGCAAGUUUUGCAUUCCG